AUGGGCCGUGUUGAGGUCCAAACCCCACCUACAGCCUCCUGGGGCGGGGUCCCAGAGGAGGGAGGCACGUCAUGUGACUCACUCCAGCCGCAGCCCCCUCGGAAGCCGCCAGGCGGAAGUAGACGUUCAGAUCUGGACUCGGCGGCGCCGACUCCACAUCCGGGAGAGGAGAGGAGAGCGGAAGUGGCGUUGGUCUGGCCGGAGCCCUUGGGUGGAUUUGUUAGGCGUGGAGAGGGAGUGAUGUCUUCCAGGCUCGGUGCAGUACCCGCCACUCCGGAACCCACAUCCUUUAAGCACCAGAGGAGCACGAAGAUCGUGGGAGCUAAGAACAGGACCCAGUGCUCCAUAAAGGAUAAUAGUUUCCAGUACACUAUUCCUCACGAUGACUCCUUAAGUGGCUCGUCGUCUGCUUCUUCAUGUGAGCCAGUGAGUGAUUUUCCAGCAUCCUUCCGAAAGUCUACCUACUGGAUGAAGAUGAGAAGGGUCAAGGCAGCUGCUGCUUCGCGUGUUGAAGGGUCAGGUGGAGUAUCAACCAAAGGAAAAAGGAAACCCAGGCAGGAAGAAGAUGAAGACUAUCGAGAAUUUCCUCAGAAGAAGCAUAAGCUUUAUGGUGAGGGAGUAACUUUGCUAAUUCUUUUCCCUUGGGUAUCUUGGCUUUAUUCUUCAGGGGUAAAAGGGAGAGAGACCUGAGGUUUUGGCCCUUGGAGCACUGCUGAACCCUUUGAUUUUUUGGCGAGGAAUGGCUUUCAUCCUACCUGACUUUUUUGAUUUUUUUCCUGUCAUAACUUUUUUUUUUUUCACAUUUACUCAUUUUUGAGAGACAGAGAGAGACAGAGCACAAAUGGGGGAGGGGCAGA